AUGCUUAUCUCAGCACCGAACGCAUUGAAGUCUCUGACGCUGGCUCUCUACUGGGUUGGCGUGGCGCCAAUUCAUUUCGAUCAGUCGAGGAAAAUGUUGGCGACCGCCAGAGAACUAGAAAACCCUCCACAGGCAGACAACGAUACCCCCGCUGAAACGGGGGACCCCCAAUAUGAGGGAUUGUUUGCACUUCCGGCGGACGGUGCUGAUCCAUUUGCCGGAGUUUCUAUCCUCCGUGCGAAUGCAUUAGCACUGAAGAAGUCACAUAUCAGCGAUGAGGUGCUGCAGAGCAUGACGCAGUUGGUCCAAGAAUUAAUUCAGGAGGAGGCGCACAACAUACAGCAUCAAACGGAUCUGUGGCUAAUUUCACAAACCAAAAGUGCAGUAGAUACAUUGCAUACAAAUCCAGUGGAGUUCCCCGUCACUGGAUAUUCACUCCAAGAGGGUGCCAACGGAGCUUUAACCCUCCCUCCUGAGGAGCGAAAAGGAGAUGGCCCCAUUGAGUUCGGUUACGAUACGACCAACCGCCGCACAGUGAAGUUUGCCUUUGGCGAUUCGGUGGUAACUGUGGUUUGUGGCAAAACUCUGCAUUCUGGAGCGGCUGUUGGAGUGUCACACGGGUCAUAUGCGGUUAAGAUAAGCGGUGGCACCAACAGUGCCGAAGGCACAAUUGCCGCAGGGCCGGUAAUGGUAGACAGCUCCGUUUCUCCCCCUGGCGUCCAGAACAAUGCCACAGUGGGAACGGUGCCGUUGAUUCAAGCAAAAAUUAGCACAUCUGCCGGGCCAGGAUCAAUCGUAGCAUCCUAUCAAAACACGAAAAUAAAAUUUGAUACUCACCCUGAAGGGAAACGCCACGGCGCCGAAUUUGGGAAUAAAGACUUUGUCCUUGGGGUCACUCGCGACUUUGACGACAGGAUCAACAUUGUUAAGCAUGAAGUCGGACCGUACUCAAUUCAGUUAGAAACUGACCUGGCCGAUGAUAAGAAUCACGCAUAUUCGGGGAAGCUGACAGCCAAAACGCCACAAACAGGAAGGAUGGUCUUUGGUGGAGGAUUCGACGAAACAAACUUCCCGACUACGGAUCUUGCCCUUGAAGCAAGAGAUAUGAGUAUCACAUUCAACGGCAAAAGGGGGGAUCCUGGGUAUAAUGUACGCAUUGGCCCCUUCGUUUUCGAUGUGGUACUGUCAAAUGGGCUGCCCGAGUUCAUCCUCCAGGAAGUCAAAUCUUGA